CGAAACGAUCAUAAGCACAAUUUCGAAAAAUUCCAUUUGAAUAUGUCGCCGAAACGUAGGCGAAAUUAUUUUUAAAAAAAAGUAUUUUUCAUGCAUUUUUAUGGCGGUUUCGUGAAGCGCUGCCCUGUUUUCUGUCUUGUCAGUGUGAUUUGGAUGGUAAAGCUAGUGUGAACUCGACCCUGUCUGCACAUGAGCAUACAAUAAGCGGCCAUGUCACCUGUUAGAGUCCUCGCUCGAUGCAUAAUGACAUGUGCACGACUAAAGUGGUUUGAUAUGCAUCUCUGGCUCUUCUUCUUGCAUGCCUCCGAGUCGCCUCUGCUUCUCUCUUCUGCUGUAGCUCAUCUCUUUAUCGACGACCCGCAAAGCGAGCUGCCACGUGGGACGACAUUCAUUUUAUCAUCACACGAAGCAUCAUUAAAUGUUAGUUUAGUGCAUAUGGUUACAUGCAAUUGGCUAUUAAAUUGGAUUGCUUUAUUACGCAACAUCAAUUAGUUAUUGUCAGCGUUUAACAUCAAGUUUUGUGUUUUACCUAGAUGUGUUUGAGUCUCUUUGUGAUUGUAUAUUAUGUAAGUUAUGAAUGCCAGACGGCCACUUUCCUACAUCUGCAAAUUGCCCUGAGAUGAUAUAUUUUUAUAUAACGUCGGCAAAUAUUGUCUUGGUGGUAAACUGACUGACUCUAGAUCGAACUGCACGCUAGUGUUUAAAAAUGGCCGCCACCCCGUCGUCAUCGUCGUCGUCUAAGGCUGCGGUUCGUGGGCUCGUGCUCGAGAGGCGACGUCUGCACAUGACUCUCUUCAACUUCGAGGAUUUGGCGGGAAUCGCGACCAAACUCUACUCACCUCAGGCACACAUGAUGUAUCCGGGAUGCAGCCCGGCGGCAGAGAAAUCACCAGAGGCUAUUUUUCGAUGGUUCCGCAAACUCGGCGCUACUAAGCUUGGAAUAAGCGUGCAAGAAGUCGGUGAUGACCUGGACAGCGAAAGGCUCUUUGAGUGGAGCUAUGUGAGACUAGUCAAAUCUGAUGGUCAAGUAUUGAAGGAAGGAAAAUUAGCAGCAGUGUGGAAGAAAAAUGGCUCCAGCUUCGUGAUCGAUGUAGAAAGUUUUACGAACAACGCUGAGGAGAAAGUCCCCUUGUAGUUAUUUCGCCCCAUAUACAACAUGUAGUUAUUUCGCCAUUUUAUCAUUAUAGCCUGAAUGACCGGGUUCGAUAUAUAGAUUGGACAUAGUGUGAAAACACUGUGAACACGUCCUUGCAAACAAACCACAUGCAUGAAUAGAGUGAGCGCAGCAUUAACAUUGUUAGCACCUGAAUUUCAAUAGUAUAAAUACCACUGAACUAAAUUAGGACACAGUACGAAUUAGUGUUAACACAGUAUUGGCUCAGUGUUAACGGUAUGAACCAAGCAUGAUUAGUGUUAACACAAAAUAGACACAAUGUGAACACUUUGAACACAGUAUGAAUUGUGUUAAAACAGCAAUAGCAAGA